CCCGGGAAGUCGUCCUUGUCUGGAAGGGAAGGUGUUCGUAGCUGCAGUAGACCUCGCCGACUGGAGGCCAGGCUCCCCGGUCUUACCGAGCAGUGACAAGCUGGCGAACGCCGAUCCGUUCUCGUCAUCCUGCAGUCAAGGGCAGCGUUGCCUUUGUAGCCUAUACACUCCACUUCCGGCAGUCGUAGCUUUCGUUAGCUCCUUCUAUAGCUUUCACUUCCAAACUUAGGUAUCAAAGGCUUUUGGAAAUCUAGUGUCAGUCCAGAUACACUGUGUUCUUUUCUGAGCUCAUUCUAAUGCUGCAGCCCUCUGGUCAUACUGUUACCGAUUAUUAUUAUUUUUUUUUAAACUGGUCUGGUGUAGCCCAGGCUGGCACCGAACUCACUUUGUAGCGGAGAUGUCCUUGAACCUCCGAACCUCUCAUCUCUUUCCCAGAUGCUUGAAAUACAUGCUUGUCCCACCGUUCCCGGCUCCCACAAGUUUUUAACUACCAGACACUAUGUUGUGCACUUGAGAUAAAGUGAAGGAAAAUAAAAUAGGGAUGUAAAACACAUGCAGACAAAAAACAUCCAGUAAAUUAUAUGGCAGCAUGUGAUAAGAGCUCGGUAGCUGGGAAUAGAAUUGGAAUGAAUAUACCUGGCUGAAGAGAUGCUUGAGUUUAGACUUGAAGGGUGUGUGCAGCAUGGCUGUAACUGGUGUCAGACUGCUCACUGGUGCUCUAAGAAAACCGGAUGCCUGGACCAGAUUCUGGGGUGUGCUUCAAGGGACAUCUUCACAUAAACUCUGUGCUUCCUGGAAUCGAUACUUGUAUUUUUCUAGUACCAAGCUAAACACAUCAAAUUAUAAAACACUUUUCCGUACCAUUUUCCCUCUGUGGUUCCCAGGGCUUUCAGUAUCUCCAAAAUGUAUUUGUCCAUUUUCUGUACGACUCAAAAGCAACAUAAGCUCCAAAAAGUCCACUAAAAAGACUCUGCAAAAAGAUGCAGAUGAAGAGGACUCUGACGAGGAGAUCCAUCAUCACCCUGAGAGGAGUGAGCAGGAAGAAGAACUUGAGGAUGACCCCAGUGUGGUCAAGGACUACAAAGACCUGGAGAAAGUGGUACAGUCUUUCCGGUAUGAUGUUGUCCUGAAGACCGGCCUUGAUAUUGGGAGAAACAAAGUAGAAGAUGCAUUCUACAAAGGUGAACUCAGACUGAAUGGAGAAAAAUUAUGGAAGAAGAGCAGAACGGUGAAGGUGGGAGAUACCUUGGAUCUCCUCGUUGGAGAGAACAAAGAGACAGGGACCGAGGUGGUGAUGCGGGUUCUCCUGAAAAGCAUCUUCGAGGAGAAGACGGAAAGCGACAAGCACCGUGUGCUGCUUCGACGGUGGAAGAACUUAAAGCUGCCCAAGAAGACGGCGGCGGCGGCGGCGGCCAAAUAACCACAGCUUCUCCACGGCUGCGCCCCAUUGUCGGGGGCUGGCCUAGAGAGGACGUUUGUACUAAAUAAAGUUCUCCUGUCACUGUGGAAGCCUUGGAGCAUUUUGUGGAAGCUGGGAUCUGGGUUUCCUCCUGCACUGCGCUCCUUUAGACCUGGGUUCUGAGAGCUCCCCUGUCCUGCACAGAGACCAGUGCUGGAGGAGCCCAGGCCAGCGAGGGCGUUAGCGCCUGCAUCCAUUUUCCACAUUAACUACCUCAGGAGUCAUUGUAAAAUAAAUUGGCCUUGCUUCUUUGCGGGUUUGGUUUUA